AUGAUGUUUGACAUUCAGAUGACAACUGUGAGCGAGGAAGAGUUUGUUCGCGACAUUACCGUAUUUGCCAACAGUUCCCGUGGAGACGUCUGGACCCUUCAUAAGGUACAAAACUCACCAGAAGAACAAGAGAGGGAAUUCCAAACUAUUCCAGACGCCCUAUGGAAUAAUUGCAAAGCAGUCUGCCAUUUGCCGCUUCGAUGAUCAAAUCAUCAACAGACAGGCGCAAUUCCAAUACAACCGGAAGCUGGCUCGUCUCGAACUCUGGUUCAUGUUCUACUCUCGCAGUGAGCUCUUUCCCCCUCUCUAACCCUCUAAAACUCACCGCUCUCGACAGACGGCCGACCACUCAGAAUUCGUGAAAUCGCCGAAAUACUUGGCACGAAGCCAGAGGAAAACGACGCCAUUGUGAUCGAGUUGUCCACACAUCCGACACUCCACAUCCCCUACUACAAACUUUACAAGAAUCCGGACGAUUCCUCUGAUUUGAUCGCUGCUCUUCCGGCGUGCCACGUCGAUAACUACAUUGUUAAGUGAGUCUGGUGUUAGAAUGAUGGCGUCACGAGCGCUCUAUUUCCAGAUGGAUUGCCGCAUUCGGAGCGGAAGCGGGACUGGCUCCUGUCUCGAAAGAAGCCAAUUCAGAAACGAAUUCUUCUUGCAACCAGUCGACCACCAGCACCGAAGACUCAUAA